AUGAAACGAUAUAAGAUAUUGAUAAAGAACGUAAAUACUUUUAAAUGGAAGUCAUACGAAGUGAAAAGAAUUUCAUCGAUCAUAUUAAAUUCAAAGAAAAGUAAACCAUUUAAUAUUGAUUAUAUAGAAAAGGUGAAAAAAAAAAAUGGCUUAAAAGAUGGUUGUAAUAAGGUAUUUUUAAAAAAUAAAUAUAAUGGUGAGAAAUAUGAAAGAGAUAAGAAUAUAACUAGAUGGUGUGAUAAGUUAAAUGAAUAUGCUAAAAAUAAAGAAUAUGAUGUUUAUGAAAAUGGUUUAAAUUCUUGUUCAUGUAUAGCUGAGAAUUCUAUAGAAAUUUCCCAGUUGAUUAAUGUAAUUAGUAAGAACAAAAUUAUAAAUAAUAAUAUAAUGUUGAUUUAUAUAAAAUUAAUUGAUAAAUGUUUAAAAAUAUUUAGUAACAUUCCUAUGAGAAGUGUAAGUUUAAUACUAAAUAGUAUGGUUAAAUUAAAUUAUUAUCAUACUAAUUUUAUUGAUUUGUUUUUUAAAAAUAUAAACAAUAUAAUAGAUAAAAGUAAUCCAAUUGAUUUGAGCAUUUUAUAUCAUUUUUACGUGAACUGUUCAGGUGAUUAUUUUGAAUAUAUAAAUGAUAAUAAAAAUGAUAUAUAUUUAAAUUUGUUUUUAAAUAAAAUACUUAAUGAUAUAUCUGUUUUACAAAUACAAGCAAUUUCUUGUAUUUUAAGAUGUAAUAAAAAAAUAAUAAAAAGAAAAAAUUGGGAACAUGUAUAUUUUAAAAAUGAUGGUGUCUUAGAAGAAAACUACCUGAACGUUCAGGUAAAUGAAAAAAAUAAAACGAUGGAUUAUAAUAAAGGAUAUGAAGAAAAAGAAAUAGAAAAGAAAAGGAUACAAGAAGGUACAUAUAAAAGAGGUAUUAUAUAUGAUGAUGAAAAAACAUAUUAUAAUAGGUUAUCUAUAAAAAAGGAAAAGAUUGAAGAGUUGGAUAAUAAUAUAAAUUUUUUUGAUUGUGAUAAUAUAAAAUUAAUAAAAAAAGUAAAUAAUAUAUUAAAAGAACAUGUCUAUUUUAAGAUAGCAUCUGGUAAUAUUCAACAAUUAUGUAAUAUUUUAGAAGAUUUAGAAUAUUUUAAUUUAAUUGAUGAUGAUUAUAAUUUUUAUUAUGACAUUUUAAAUAUGUUAAAGAAUUCAUGUAAUUUAUUUGAAUUAAAGAAUAUUGAUUAUAUAAAUAUAUUAAAUAUAAUAAAAACUCGAAAUAUGAAAUAUAACAAUUUUCUGCCUAUAUCGAAUUUUUCAUUUUUAUUUGAUAAAAUAAAAGAUUUGGAUUUUGAUUUUUUUACAUGUGAUCAUUUGUGUGAGUUAAUAAAAAUAUUAUGUUAUUUUAAAAAAUGUUAUCAUUUAAAUAUGUGUAUGUAUAAAUUAGAAGCUUGUUUAGAAAAAAAGAAUUUUGAUGAUAUAUAUUCAACAUCAACCUUAAUAUAUUUAUUAUAUGAUUUUUCACAGAUAAACAGAAAUGAUAUGAUUAUACAUUCAUUAUGUAAAAAAUUAUAUAUAUCAAUAAUUAACAGAAUAAAUAAAAGUUGUGAUGUUGAAAAAGUAAAUGAUUUUAAAUAUGUCGAUACGGGAAAAAAUAUCAAAACAAAUGAUAAGAAGAACGCUAUGUAUAAAACUCAAUUUAACAUAUCUAUAAAAGAAUAUAUAUUGUUACUUAAAUCAAUAGACAAAUUAUUAGAUAAAAGAAUAAUAACACCUUUAUGUAUUGAUGAGAAAAAACUAAAUUCCUUUUUUCUUGAUAUUACAUAUAAAAUAAAUGAGAAUCCAUCACAAAUAUCUUUUAAAUGUAAAUAUAAAAAUAAUGAUUAUUAUGAUUAUGAAAUGUGUUUAUAUUUAUAUCAAAUAUUAUUAUUAGGUAAAUUAAAAUCUAGAAACUAUCUUCUUUUUUUAAGUUGUUUAUAUAACGUCUUGACUUUAUCAAUUCAUUUUAAUAUAAAAGAUGUGGUCUUAUGCUUGAAAACAUUACAUCAUUGUACACAUUUUAUAACAAAAGAUAGAUAUUUAAUUUUUGAAAAUACCUUAAAUUAUUUUUCACAUUUGAUAUUAUCUAAUGAUGUUAUUCUUUUGGAAAGAAAAAAUAUCCUAAUGAAUAAUAUAAAAAAUAAUUUUAUAAAAAUUAAUAAAUAUAAUAUGAAUUAUGUAGAAGAAAAUUGUAAUGAUAAUAUAGAUAUUUUAAAUAAUCUAUAUAAGAACAUAAAUAAAAUAAUUGAUGAUAAUAAUUAUAUGUAUAUAAAUAAAAAUAAGGCGAAUCAUUAUCUUAAUGGUUCUAUUAUGACUAAAUAUAAUAAUGACGAGAUAAAUACAAUGUAUUCUAAUUUUGAUUAUACAAAGAUAGCUUGUAUAGAUUGUUGUAAUAUAUUAUAUUAUUUAAAAAAAUUGAAUUAUGUAAAUAAGGAUUUAAUAAAUAUAAUAUUAAAAAAUGUAUACAUUAAUGUAAGUAGUUUAAAAAAGCAAAAAUAUAUCCUUCGAAUGGUUAAUGGGUUAAGUAUUAUAAAAAAUAUCGACAAAGAAUUUAAGGAUUUUAAUUGUAUUAUAAAAAAAAUUAUGUUUCAUUUUUUUUUUAUUCAACAAGAACAUAAUAAUAAUAAUAAUAUGAGUCAAAAUAUAAAAUUAGAAGAAAGUAUUAAAUUAUUUUAUUUAUUAAGUAAAUUGGAUAUGAGCAAGAAAUAUAAAAAUGAUUUGAUAACAAAAUAUUUAUUGGUACCUUUGGAGAAUAUAUUAGAAAAGAAAAAAACGACAAUUAAUAAUAUUAUAUUAUUAUUGUAUGGUAUAAAAAGCAUGUAUCCAUAUAGAUACAUAAGUUUGAUAUCAUAUGUCUUACAUUGUAUUGAUGAUUAUCAGACAAGAAUACAUAAUAUUAAUAGGGAUAAUAUUAAUAGGGAUAAUAUUAAUAGGGAUAAUAUUAAUAGGGAUAAUAUUAAUAGGGAUAAUAUGAAAAGUGAUCAUAUGAACAGUGAUAAUAUGAAAAGUGAUAAUAUGAAAAGUGAUCAUAUGAACAGUGAUAAUAUGAAAAGUGAUCGUAUGAACAGUGAUAAUAUGAACAGUGAUAAUAUUAAUAGUGAUAAUAUGAACAGUGAUAAUAUGAACAGUGAUAAUAUGAACAGUGAUAAUAUUAAUAGUGAUCAUACUAAUGAGGAUGAUGUAUUAUGCUCCGUGUCCUUUUUAAAAUCGUACUUUUCAUCUAUACCAUAUUUUAUAGAUAGUUGGAUAGAUAAUACAUGUAGUAAAAUAAACCAAGUAUAUAUUCGUAUUAGCCAGAAAUUGUUUCAAAACUUUUAUGAACAUAUAUUUUUAGAAAAUAAAAUGAAAAAUGAAGAUAUGAUUUGUAUGUUAAUAGAUUAUGUAAAUUUCUCGUUACCUUAUAUACCUUAUAUAGAAAAAUAUCUUGAUGUAAUUCAUUACAUUAUAGAUAUGCACAAGGUGGUGAUAAAUAAAGAUGAAUUUAUAACUUUUUUGUUAAACUGGAAAAUAUAUAUAUAUGGGAUUAAUAAUAAUGAUUAUGGUGAUAAUGAAGAAACACAGAAAUUGGUAUAUAAGAUUGACGAAUGUUUAAAUAUGUUAUGUAAGAAUGAUAAUAGUUAUAAUUAUAAUGAUUUUAUAUCAUUAAAUAAAUCUUUAGAGAAGGGUAACAAAAAAAAUGAUGCUCACAAUAAUGAUGAUGAAAAUAUUUCCUUAAAUAAAAAAUCAGUAUAUGAUUUUAGUUUUAAUAAAAAGAAAAUAAUUUUUCUAGAUACAGAUGAAGAUAAUGAAAAAGAUAUUAUAUGUAAAGAAUAUAAUUAUAUUGAUAUAAAUAAAUUAUAUGAAAAUAAUUUCAACAGGAAAAUAAUUAAUAAUAUAAAUCAAAAUAAAAAAUUACAAUUUUGUAUACAAAAAGAAGACAAUGAAAAAAAUAAAAUAUUUAAAAAUAUUAUUAAUAAUAAUAAUAAUAAAAAUAAAAACAUUUUAAAUGAAUUUGAAAUAAUUUUAAAUAAAUAUUCAUAUUGUCAAAAUAAUCAAAAUGAUAAAAUUGAAAUUUUAAAAAAUGUAAAACUUUAUUCCUUUCAUAUAAAAUUUAUGGAUAAAAAAAAAAAAAUUAUAUUUGAAUUUUUAGAUGAAGAUGCUUAUUUUAAGGAACCUGAUAAUUCAUCUAUAGAUUUAUUACCAUCAGUUAAUUUAAGAUUAACAUUAUUAAAAAAAUUAAACUUUAAAAUAAUCACCAUACCAUUUUAUGAAUGGAAUAAAUGUUAUGGACGAUUAGAAAAAGUUAAAUCCAUUUAUCAGAAAUUAUUAAAUGUUACAAAUCCACAAAAUACAGAAGAGGAAUAUCAAAAUUUUAAAAGUGACGAUAUAUUUUCUUCUAUAGGACGUUAUGAAAUAACUAAAAAGAAAUAA